AUACAAAAUUGAUCAAAUGAAUCACAUAGCAAAUAACCACACCAGACAUUGCUAAAUGAAGGCCUUUUAGCCUUUGUCUCGGGUACCCUGUGGCUAUGCAUGCUCUGUUAGUAAUUCCGCAGUCAUCUACGCGUAACGGCACUUAGCCCUCCACCCCGACUUUAACACGUCGACUGCCAUGAAAAACACUCUGCUAUAAAAAGCUGCGAUAUCUCGGUAUCUAUAUGGGCGCAAUCCACGAUGCUGAGGGUGGUAGUCAAGUCGGCAGUUAAUCUACCCAAUGUUGACUUUAGAGGGGAGAGCGAUCCAUAUGUCAAACUUAGCUUCAGAGGGGAAGAGAAAAAGACAAAAGUGAUCGAUGACAACCUGAAUCCUGUGUGGGAUGAGGAUAACGAGUUUGAAUGGAGUCUCGGUGGAGGAACUCUUUCGCUUGAUGACACACUGAAAGUCAGUGUGAAGGACUGGGAUUUGUGUCCGCCAAGGAAGCUUCUUGGCCAAGUGACAAUCGCUCUUAAAGAACUCCUGAAAACCAAAGACUAUGCUCUGGAGAAGGAGUACCCUCUUGUUGACAGUAGUAAUCGCGCUACCCCGGGGUCGCUGAAUCUGCGUAUCGAGUUCAAGUUACCAGGUGGACGAAGCCCUGCAGAUUUGCAGCCGUCUUCACCUGGCGUGGAGCUAGAGUACAUGGAUGAGCUAGAUGCCGGGGUCGGGAAGGAGGGGACAUCAGAAGAAGACGACAAGGAAGACAACGACGAUCAGGGAAAGGAUAGAGAGCACAGGAAAAGGAGACGGCGCCGACGGCAUGCUACUCGGAAACGGUCAAGCAAACCACAGCACUAUCAGGUCCGAGUUAAGAUCCACGAGGGACGCCAAAUUCCUGGUACAAAUAUUCACCCUCUAGUUCGUGUUUCUGUUGGAAACAAGAAGCAGUCAACGAGCGUGAAGCGAUCGACUAAUAGCCCAACAUACAACCAGACUUUGUUCUUCAACUUUCACGCGUCUGAGGCUGAGCUUUUUGACGAAUUGAUGACUCUUGAGGUUUUCAACUCGAGGACUUUUCUAUCUGAUUCAUUGCUUGGAUUUUUCGAGAGUGACAUCGGGACUUUGUACGAGCUUCCAGAUCACGCAUUUUUGCGCAAAUGGGUCUUGUUGACCGGAGCAGGAGUGCAGGAGAGUGAAGACGAGGGCGAAGAUCGUAAAACUCGCUCAAGGGGACGUGAUGGCGGUCCUGCAGGCUAUCUCAAAGUGACCGCGAUGGUGCUGGGGCCUGGUGAUGAGCCACCGGUGGCAUCCAAGCUGGAUUCGGUCGACUCUGCCAACGAUGACAUUGAGUCCAAUUUGCUUCUACCUGCUGGUGUAAGGCGACAACAAGCGGUUUUUCAGCUGAGAGUUUAUUUCGCGGAAGAUCUCCCUCAAAUGGACUCUGGCUGGUCUCGGAGGUUUAGAAAGUGGUUUCUACCAGGUUCUGCGAAAGAGAGUGCAGAAGAAAGAAAGAAGUCAGUGGAUCCGUACUUAACUUUCAGCUUUUGUGGAAAACAGAUUCAAACAAAGACCCAACAUCAUGAGAAUAACCCUGUUUUCAACCAGAUGCUUCAGCUCCCUGUCAUGUUACCUUCCAUGUGUGAGAAUAUAAAGCUGCAGCUCUGGGAUUGGGACAGCUUUUCUAAGCAUGAUUGUAUCGCAACGGCUUAUCUCCCACUCUCAGAAAUAUCAGGCAAAAGCUAUGGCGAAGACUUCUUCCCUCGGUACGGUCCGUGUUACUUGAACUUUUACGGCUCACCACGAGAGUUCCAGCUCAUCUCAGACGAACAUGAGGACCUUAACAAAGGGAUUGGCGAAGGCGUGGCGUAUCGUGGUCGUGUGAUGUUGGAGUUGACCACUGAAGACACGAGUGACGUGUCUAGCACCGUGUCCACCUUGGGAGAUGACGAUGCCUUUAUUGUCCAACCAUAUCUGAAGCAAGAUCAAUUCAAGCUGUUUGCGUGUUUUUACGAAGCCUCAAUGGUUUGCAAGGGCUCAGCUCCGGUAGAGUUUGAAGUCAGCAUAGGCAAUUUCGGUAACAUUCUAGACGAGACUGUAGCCGCGUGUAAUACGCCUCCCACUAACCCCAUCUACGACGGCUGCUAUUACCAUUACCUGCCGUGGUUCCACCAGAAGCCCUGUGUGUGCCUUGACUGCGACUGGGAGAAUAUCGCGUUCAGGAUCGAGCCGCUCAAUUUGCUAAGCAAUACCUGCGAUCGCUUGGAGGAGGCGCUUAACCACACAAAGGAGAAGAUCAAGAACAAUCCGAUAGGAGACAUGGAGUCUGUAAGUCUGGUUUACAACAUGCUGGAGAAGGUCGUCCGUGAAUGCAGCUAUGUCCGUCAGUUCCUUAAAGACACUUUGCCAAAGCUGCCCAGAGUCCGUAACAAGUCGGACAUGAAGGUCCAGGCAUUACGGGACUUUGAGCUGAGAGGCAUCGUGAGAGAUGCGACCGACGAAAUUCAGAAACGUAAGGACGAGGAAAUGUACCCAUCCGCUCGGGAAGUGAUCCCCGGUGAUGAUGUCAACCUCAGUGAAGUUGAAAACUUUCUGCUGCGCCUGCGAGGCCUUGUCUUUGAGCCACAGAAUAGCAUGCCUGACGUCAUUAUCUGGAUGAUCAGUGGCGGGAAGCGAGUUGCAUACCACAGGGUACCCGCUAGGGAUAUUAUGUACUCGCCUCAUAAGCAUGCCAGUGGCAAAUGGUGCGGCAAACCUAUGGAGGUUUUCUUGAAGUACCCUGGGAAAAGAGCACAGGACGUGCAAGAGAGACCUGAGCUACCAGGCCUUGUGCGGGUCGAGCUGUGGCUCGGUACCAGGCUCCACCGGGAUCAAUGGUCGCUGCGUAAGAGCAAGGAAGGAGAGUUUGCGGUGUUCGCCGAGACGUAUGAGAACGAAGUUUUCACGAUGGUCAAAUGGACGAAAUCAGGAACGACAACAAGGCCACAUUACUCAAACGCCAGUGGAGAUCUGGAACUGCACAAGGAUAAGUUUCUUGAGCCCGCCAACUGGCAUUUUGAAGGCGAUUGGACACCAAGUAUUGAUAAGAGCGCUAUGUACGCGCGGGACUGGGGAAUGAGUGUGUUUGUGGAGGAGAUUUACGAGCACCAGAGCAGAAAUAUCAUCGGAGGGGGCUGGGACGAGUCGUCUACUUGGAAAGACGCAUUUGACGAGCCUUGCAGUACACCAUCACGACUGCCUGCACCUGAUGGCUGGGUCUGGAAAUCUGAGGGGUGGACCGUGGAUACCAACAGGGCUGUGGACGCGGGGGGUUGGGAAUACAGUGUAGGGGAGGAAUUGGGAGGAAUUUAUAGUAGGGCGCAGAAGAGCUUCCACCGCGUACGACGCCGGCGAUUGGUUCGGACCAGAGAACUGAAGGACGAACGGGCAGCUAGCAAAAGGCUUAAGCUCGAGCAACUAGCCGAAGAAGGUUGGGAGUACGCGCCGUCUUUCUUGCAUAAGUUCCACAUCAAGCCACACAAGCGAGACUUCGUCCGCCGUAAGCGCCUUCUGCGCAAACUCAAACCAAAUGGGUCCACGCUACCUGAGUUGCCGCCAAAACUCUGCAUCAAGCUCAAGGUGAAAGAGAAAAAGAAAAAGAAAAAGAAAAAAGGAUCUGACGAGAGAGAGACGCUCAUGAGGGAAGAGGAGCAGGAAGGCCAUCUACCGGUCGCACCACGCAUGCUCGUGGAGUUCAGAGAGCCAUACAAAUUUCAGUUGUGGGUGUACAUGUACCAGGCACGUGAUCUGCUGGGGUUGGACGACUCAGGGAUGAGCGACCCGUAUGUUCGAGUGUGCUUCUCAAACCAAAGCCAGAAGACGGAGAUGCGUGCGCAGACCCUGUCCCCCAACUGGGACCAGACGCUUGUGUUUCGUCAGGUCGAGCUCUGCGACAGGUGGCACAACAUUAAGCGCUACACGCCAAGCGUCGUCAUGGAGAUCUAUGACAAGGACCCUGUGGGGAAGGACGAUUUCAUGGGUCGGUGCCUGAUAAAGCCGCUACUACAAGAUAAAGACGGGGCUCAUCCUCCGUCGCUCAGCUGGUACACGGUGCAGAGAGGAGACUCUACAGCCGGAGAGGUGUUGGCCGCGUGUGAGCUAUUCCUGGACGAUGGAAAGAAUAUCCCAUCCCUCCCCUCCCCGAAGAAUCCCAAGGCUCCCCCUGUGGAUUAUAUAUGGCCUGUACGUGAUGCACUUCGGCCGCAGCUGCGUAGGAUCGCUGUAGAGGUCCUGUGUUGGGGUGUGAGGAACAUGAAGGCUUUCCGUGGAACAGACGUCAACUCCCCCAUGGUGGAGUUUGAGUGGGGAGACAAAACAUUCCGCUCGGGCAUCAUGGCGAACGCGAAGAAAAACCCAAACUUUCCUCAUCCCAUUCUUGACCGGGAAAUCGUGACUCUUCCGGUAGAGCCGUACACCCCUGCCAUGAGCAUCCGGGUCUUUGAUAAGCGCGCCUUUGGCUCUAAACCGCUGGUCGGCGUCCACUCACUGCCGUCGCUCAAGCAUUUCGAGCGCGAGAUCCCAAAGCCUGGAACACUCAGACCAGACAGAGCUCAGUCACCUGCCUCACCCAUGUCAUUGACGCCAAGACAGGCAUCCAGACGAGUCGCAACCAAGGCGGGUGAAGAAUUCGACUGGUGGUCUAAGUACUACUUCUCUCUGAAAUACCAAAGCAAGCAAGCAAGACACGUGAGAAGGGCCAAGGCGGACACUACUGAAUACUUCCUUGGACAGUUGAAGAAGCAGUUUUCCGGUGAUGACGGUAGUUCUGGGGACCACAUGCAGUAUUACGAGAAAAGCGGUUACGAUGUGCUGACGAUCUUUCCUAAAGAACUCGAAAAGAUGGGUUACGAGGAGCUACAGGAUUUCGUGUCUUCGUUCCCGCUGAAAAGAGGUAAAGCGAAACAUGAAGACGAAGAAGACGAGGGAGUGGUGGGAGAGUUGAAGGCGUCAUUCAGGGUGUACCCGUUGGAGGAGGACACAAGACCUGACGAUGUUCCACGGCUGCACGGUAGUCAUCAAGAGACACACCGUAAAUGGCCACUUAAGUGCAUAGUCCGCGUCUACGUCAUUUGCGGCAUGGAUCUUCAAUCACAAGACACUGAUGGUUUUGGGGAUCCAUACCUGGUAGUCAGCAUCGGCAAGAAGGAAUUCUCGACCCGCAAGGACUACAAGAAGAAGACACUUAACCCAGUGUUCGGAGAAAUGUUUGAGUUCCACGCAUCCAUCCCGUUAUCCAAGGACCUUAAGAUCACUGUCAUGGAUUACGACCGACUUUCACGUGACGACCUGAUAGGCGAAACCACGAUAGACCUAGAACAGCGGUUACUCUCGGGAUACCAUGCAACUUGCGGUCUGCCUAAGACUUACUUCAAGUCAGGACCUUAUGCUUGGAGAGACAGCAAGACCCCAAAGGAAAUCCUUCGCGAAGUCUGCCUCGACAGGGGACUAAACAGACCGGAUUUUUAUCACAAGGGAGACCAAGCGGUGACAGUAGUUGUUGGCGAGGACCAGUUCAACAUAGAGGAUCUGGAUGAUUACCAAUUGGAAAGCAACGAGUUGGGAUCUUCGGAGCAGAGGCUAUCCCUGCAUGCAUUGCACGCCAUGGGAAUGGUACCCGAACACGUAGAGACGAGACCGCUGUACAGCCCACUGCAGCCGCGCAUUGAACAGGGCAAGCUUCAGCUAUGGGUGGAUAUUUUCCCUUGUACAGAGGGCAGUAUCAAACCACCGAUAGAAAUCGAGCCCAGGAAGCCGAAAGACUUUGUUCUCCGCGUCAUUAUCUGGGAUACGACGGACGUUGAACUACAAGAGACGUCAAUCACCGGCGAGAAGAUGAGUGACAUCUAUCUCAAGGGCUGGCUGGAAGAGAUUGACGAGAAGCUAAAGACGGAUGUUCACUACAGAUCUCUGUCUGGUGAUGGAAACUUCAACUGGCGUAUGGAGUUCCCCUUCUCUUUCCUGACAAUAGAGAAGAAACUUCACGUGUCCAAAAAAAAACUAUGGGGAAAGUGUGAAGAGGGUAAAGUUGACGCAAAGCUGAAGAUACAGAUUUGGGAAAACGACAAGUUCUCCCCUGACGACUUCUUAGGCACUCGCUCGCUGCCCCUGCAUCGCCUGCCCAAGCCAUGCAGCAAUUCCCGCUGGUGCGGGACCAAGUACGACCCCGGCGUACGGCAAAACCCCGAUGACGACUUCGUAGACUUGUUCACGCUACACACCCACAGUAUCCGCGGCUGGUGGGCCUGCUGGCAACACGACUCGCCCAGCGGUAAACCGAAGGGCAAAGUGGACAUGUCUUUGGAGAUUCUUACCGCAGAAGAGGCAAAGGCUCGGCCAGUAGGCCUGGGGAGAAGCGAACCAAAUCAGCACCCUUAUCUACCUGAACCAGAUCGACCCAAGACCUCGUUCCUUUGGUUCACAUCCCCCUUCAAAACCAUGCGAUAUGUGGUGUGGCGCAACUACAAAUGGUACAUCAUCGGCGGAAUAGUACUCCUGCUACUUGUGGUGGCCAUCGCUCUGUUUGUCUACAACGUACCGGGCCUUUCAGCACGAAAACUCUUGGAGGUCAAAUAGGCCAUUGGACUAUUGACUAGCGCUCGAGCUCAAAUGGCGCACGGGGAUUUCAAGUGCUAUAUGAAGGCGGUUUUCCACAAAUGGCCCAUUCAAGGGAUUCGAAGAAAAAAGUAGUUUAUAGCUGUUUUGCUACAGAGAAAACCUCGGUUUACCCAGUUGGAUCUCUCUAAGAACAUUUACUGACCACAUUUUAUACCUAUUCCGCAAAUAAUCAGGUCAUUUAAAAGGUUGUUAUGGCAGAGCCGUAGCGGGCCACGUAAGAUUGGUGGGACACAAUACAGAAACAUUAAGAAAAUAUUUGGGGGCACAACCACGCCCCUUCUGGUCAUUUCCUUUUAAUUUUAGUAAAUAUUUGGGGGGUGGGGUGGGGUGGGGGUGGUGCCCCAAUAGUGCACCACCCUCUGCUACGGCCCUGUAUGGGAGUAAGUAAUAUAGAGUCUCUCGUUGGCUAUGCCAUAUUCGAGCUUCAAUUGGUCCUCACAAACACAAGUCAAUCCAAUCAUGUAAAAAUAUGUAUGUAAAGAACUCUAAAGGAAAUACAACUAUUUAAUUUUAUAGCAAUCAAUCGGUAAAAGUAAUAAAUUGAAAUAAUUAUGCUAUAAGGAUUGCAAUUUAUAUUUUUAAAGAAAUAUAUACUUAUUGGUA